AGUCAGGGCUAUCUAAUACCAUUAUUAUACGUGGCGUGUUGUUGAAUGGCUUCAUCUGCUUAAUGCAGAAGCAUGAUCAGACUGUUGUCGCAUAUUUUAUGACCCACGAAAAAGUCAUUUCAUCAACGACCUUCCACCCUUGUGACUAAUGUUUUAUCCCAAUGUUAAGUCAGCUAUAAGUGGUGAGGCCGGUCGACCUGUGCUGACGUUAACGGGACGGAGCUGCCCGCACGGAGCGCUAUACAAGGGGACCAACACACAGUGUGAAAUACAAGGGGAGUAGACAACAUGGACAAGGACGGGUGGUACGGGGCUCUGAGAACCAGGGUGGCGGCACCCGGGUACAUGAGGAAGCUGGUCCACACUGGGUGCCUGUUCUUCUCCUUCAUUGUCGUCGGAAUGUGCAGUGCCCAAACUGGUCCCGCGCUGUUGGACCUUCAGCUCAUCACAAACACCAAUACCCAGCAGUCUGCGGUGUUCUUCACGGGAGCCUCCGUCGGGAGCAUGUGCGGCUCGCUCUCCAUUGGCUACCUGUUUGGCCGAUUUAACAAGCAUGUGCUGAUGUCCUUGAUCUUGCUGGGGGCAGCUGUGGCCGUCGGGGUUAUUCCUCUGUGCUCGCCGUACGUUCUGAUGGUGUUCAUGCACGGAGUCGUGGCCUUCUUCAGGGCUGGACACGUUACUUGUGGUAACACAGAUCUGAUCAGGACUUGGGAAGCUGAAAGGAGGGUGUUCAUCCAGAUUCUCCAUUUCUGUUUUGCUCUUGGGGGUACGCUUUCCCCACUCAUCACAGAACCCUUCCUUGCAUACAGAACAGAUUCUAACAACACAGGAGGGGCAGACAACUCUACCACUCCUAUAUCUUCCGUCUGUGUGAACAACAGUGAUUUUGUAAACAACGAAGAGUGUGAUAUAGUUGUUACAGAAACAAAAGUCCAAUACGCGUAUCUUAUAACAGGAAUCUUGUUCCUGGUAGCCUCACUAACCUUCCUGGUCCAAAGAUGCUGCCACGGGUCCCAAACGCAUGUAACCAAGACAUCUACGAAUGGAUAUGAGAAUUUGGACAAACCAUUACCGAUGAGGUAUAUCUUUGCUACAAUGGCAUUCGUGGUUAUGAUAUUUAUCUUCCUCGUGGCAGUUGAGACCUGUUUAGCAUCCUUCCUUCUCACCUUUGUGGUAGUUCAGCUGAACUGGACGAAGACCUCAGGGGCCAGAGUGACGUCAGUGUUCUGGGCCUGUUACGCAGCCAUGAGGUUUGCAACCAUCUUCUUCACAGACCUUGUGUCCCCAUUCGCGCUCAUUCUCGUCACCUCCAUCACCAUGCUUAUGUCCGCAGUGGGUCUACUGAUGUCCUCCAUCUAUGACAACGAAAUUGGAGUGUGGGCCUGCGUUGCAUUAGGCGGGCUGUCGCUCGCUUCGCAGUUUCCCUCGACGAUGAUGUGGCUUGAGGAGUCAAUACUGAGGCUGUCAUCCAGGAUCGUCUCCAUCAUUGUCUUCUCUGCCACCUUGCCUGGCAUCAUCAACCCGUUGAUCAUCGGGUACCUGAUGGAAGACGUGUCGCCACUAUGGCUCAUGUACAUCCUUACUAUUGAAAGUGGUGUCUCAGUCCUGCUCAUUUUGGCACUGUUCACGUGGUCCAAGGUGGUCCUCAAACCGGUGCAUCAGCGACAGAAAUCAGAAUAUUUGGUAACCGAGGAUUAAACCUAAAUGAUGUUGGUCUAUGAAAGGUAAUUUAGGAAGGCGAAGGAGUCCUGCUCUUCUUGGCACUGUUCACGUGGUCCAAGGUGGUCCUCAAACCGGUGCAUCAGCGACAGAAAUCAGAAUAUUUGGUAACCGAGGAUUAAACCUAAUUAAUGUU